AUGGCGGACGGCAACCACGCCUCGGCCCUCCACAAGGCCGGACGAGACACGGAGCUCCGGCUCACCCGCAUAUUCGACUCCUUCUGGGAGCAGCUGGAGAAACUCGCGUGGCCCUCGGAGCAGGAGGCCCAGCCGGAUGGCAAGACACAAGAACCAGCACGAGGGACCCGGAUGGGAGUACCGGCAUACACCGCCGGCUCCGUACCCGGUCCCCACAAGCUCCCGAGAAAGACCGCCCUGCUAGCGAAGACCCGAAGCCUCACUAAGGGCAACCACAGCCGGACCCAGGUAAAACAUACUGGGGGCGCUGCAGGACGAAGGCGGCGCGGAAGUCAAACUCACCGUCCGGACGUGAAACAGCCUAGGAGAGGUACGAACCAUCCCAUUCACAUCAACAAACGGCAGACCACAAAGUACACCAUGGGGGCCGCAAUAGCACAACGCCACAAGCACAGACUCAGCCUACAGACACACAGUCGGGCAGGGCCCUCUAUCAGAGCCACAUCAUACCUACCACACCAGAUGCCGGCCUACACUCAGACACUCCACCCUCGCAUCACCGGACUGGGAGAACCGCAGCUCACAUCACAGCAGCAGCAGAUGGCACAAGGGGAGCCUCUACAAGGCAUCGGAUGA